AUGGGCGUUGUGGUGACCGGCGGUAACACCGGUAUUGGUAAAGAGACUGCAUAUCAACUAACGCUCAGGGAUGCAAAGGUAUACAUCGGGUGUCGGGACCAGAAGAGAGGCGAAGCGGCCGUCGAAGACAUCCUAUCAUUGAAUCCAAAGGCAAACAUAAAACUACUUUCGCUGGACUUGUCUUCACUCACAUCUGUCCGCAAAUGUGUGGAAGAGUUGUCGGGUUUGGAGACAAAAGUCGAUAUACUUAUCAAUAACGCCGGAAUUGCCGGUUGUCCGGAGUGGCAGACAGAGGAUGGGUUUGAGAUGCAAUUUGGAACUAAUCACCUAGGUCAUUUUCUAUUUACACUCCAUUUGAUACCAUUGAUAAAGAAAGCACCGGCGGGUCGUAUAGUGACAGUUGCGGCUGGUGGACACAACAGGGGUCAAAUCCAUCUUGAUAAUAUAAACCUUAGGAACGGUGUAUAUCAUCCUAUUUUUGCAUACACUCAGAGCAAACUCGCGAAUGUGUUGUUUAGCCGUGAAUUGGCCAAAAGGCUCCGCCACUCAAAUAUAAACACAUAUUCACUAAAUCCCGGGGCCAUUGCUACUGACCUUCAAAGACACAUGGGCCAAUCUGACACCCAGGAGGGGGUUGGGGCCGCCAUAAAGAGGUGGUUUAAACAUAACUUUUUAAUGACACCAUUGAUGGGAUCUCAGACCACACUCUACUGCGCUCUCGACGAUGAAUUUGCAGAUCAGACGGGAUAUUAUUACGACAAUUGUCUUCGCGUGGAUUAUAUGGUACCCGAAGCUACUGAUGACAAGACUGCCAAAAGUCUGUGGGAAUUGAGUUGCGAUUUAGUAGUUGUGGUGACCGGCGGUAACACUGGUAUCGGUAAAGAGACUGCAUAUCAGUUAACACUGAGGGAUGCAAAGGUAUACAUCGGGUGUCGGGACCAGAAAAGAGGUGAAGCGGCCGUCAAAGACAUCCUAUCAUUGAAUCCAAAAGCAAACAUAAAACUACUUUCGCUGGACUUGUCUUCACUCAAAUCUGUCCGCAAAUGUGUGGAAGAGUUGUCGGGUUUGGAGACAAAAGUGGAUAUACUUAUCAAUAACGCCGGCGUUGGCUGGACUCCGGAGUGGCAGACAGAGGAUGGGUUUGAAAUGCAGUUUGGCACUAAUCACCUAGGUCAUUUUCUAUUUACUCUACAUUUAAUACCAUUGUUAAAGAAAGCACCGGCGGGUCGUAUAGUGACCGUGUCGUCGGCCGCACAUAUUAUCGGGAAAAUUCACCUUGAUAAUAUAAAUCUCCGAAACGGUAUAUACGAUAAAGCUUUUUCGUACGGACAGAGCAAACUCGCAAAUGUGUUGUUCAGCCGUGAAUUGGCCAAAAGGCUCCGACACUCUAAUAUAAACACAUAUAGUCUACAUCCCGGUGCAAUCGAUACUGACUUUGUCCGACACAUUGAAAAUUCUGACACCGGGGAGGGGGUGGGGGCCGCCAUAAAGAGGUGGUAUAAACGCAACCUUUUAAUGACACCAUUGAUGGGCUCUCAGACUACACUCUACUGCGUUCUCGACGAUGAACUCGCAGAUCAGACGGGAUAUUAUUACGACAACUGUCGUCGUGUGGAUUAUAUGAUACCCGAAGCCAAUGACGAUAAAACUGCCAAAAGUUUGUGGGAAUUGAGCUGUGAUUUAGUUAAACUCGAGGAACAUCUCAGAAUUUGA